UGUAAGUGUUCAAAAUCCCAAUUCAGUUCGGAUCAAAAACAGGUUUACAGUUUAAACCAACUUCAAACUCAUUUGCUUAUUAUAUCUGUGAUCCUUGUUGGGAUCUCUCGUAAAGAUCAGAAAGUUUAGUUCUUUUGGCACAGAAUUUAGAUUACUUUUUUGCUAGUUCAAUAUGGCCUCUUGCAAAUUCAACCUUUCAUUGUCUGUGUUGGUUCAUGCCAUUUUCUUGUUUUCUUCACCGCUAGUUCUCGCUGAUGAUAAGGAAAACAGUGUGCUUCAAGGUAUAAACAGUUACAGGACAUCCUUGCAGCUUCCAGCCCUUACUAAGAAUGACAAGGCAGGAUGUCUAGCUGAUGAAGUUGCCGACAAGUUACAAGACCAACCAUGUAGUUCUGCUGGUGCCAGUUCGGUUCAGUUAUCGAACUACCCCGAACUACUAUCAAAAUGUGGCAUCGACAUUAACCAUACUAGAGAUGGGGCAGUUUUGCCUGUCUGCGUGCCGAAACUGGUUCCAACACUUGUGCUUACCAAUUAUACGCACACCCAACACGCCAAGUACAUAAAUGAUUCCAGGUAUACUGGAGUGGGAAUUGGGUCUGAGGAUGACUGGAUGGUGGUUGUUUUGAGCACCAACACACCUUCAGGUAGUUUCGCAGGAGCGAACAGUUUGAUGUCAAAGAUUGGCUGUGGUCAUUGUUUGAUGUGUUUCUUGAUGGGGAUUAUGCUUCUUUUCGUUGUCUAUUAAGUUCUCGUCCUUUUGUGCAUAUAUAUAUAUAUAUAUAUGUAUAUAUAUAUAUAUAUAAUGUUCUAUUAUGUGUUGUGAUCUUAAUUUGUGAGAGGACAAAAUGUAAUAGUUAGGUUACUCUAUUAGUUUUAUUUUCUGCACAAUUAUUCUCUCUUGAAUUUUCCAAUGAAUUAAUGGUUGGUUUGAUCA